AUGCCCACCCUCCGCGAACGGCCCAGUCGAGGCGAGAUGUCGCCUACCAAAAAGGCACAGAACUCACCGACCGCGACCAGAUCGACUCCUCGAAAACGGAGAAGUAGCAUGGCCAACGACGCGAUCGAGGUGCAAGAGUCCAUCGAGGCCAAGGGCGACGUCGACGACGACGUUGAGAUGGAGGAUGCCGAUAGUUUCGCCCACAGGGAAGACGAUGAGAUGGACGUUGACGCCGAGGGUGACCCCGAUGGCGACGACGAUGCGGAUGCCGACGCGGAUGCAGACGGCGAACUUGAUGAUAUGGAUGAGGAGACUCGCCAGGAAGAAGAGUGGCGCAACCUGCUGCAACUUAUCAAAGACACGUCUGAGUACUUGUGUCGCUACACAAUCAAAGUCGACGGAGAGGACCACGAGAUCGCCUCGGGCUUCCAGCGCCUUGUCAACAAGCGCAGCCUUCCGGACUACUUCGACGUGAUUAAGGAGCCCAUGGCUUUCAGUACCAUUCGGGCCAAGCUCGGCAAGAAGACGUACACUCGGUUCAACGAGUUUGUGCACGAUGUUACCCGCAUAUGUCACAAUGCACAGGUUUAUAACAGACCCUCUGCACCUAUCUUUUCCGAUGCCGGUCGUCUGCUGGAAGUUUUUAAGGAGAAGCUUGCAGAGAUGGUCAAGGAGGGCUCAAUCGCUGCUGAAGAUGCUGCGCUUCCAGACCUAGGACCUUUGCCCGAAUUUGAGGACUCGCCGCCCCCCGAAGAGGACGAGGAAGAAGUAGAAGAGGACGACGAGGAAGAGGAAGAGGACGACGAAGACGAUGAUUCCGAUGACGAAGGCGGUCGCCGUCGCUCGGGAAGGCGUCGCCGGCAGUCAGGGACUAGGAGGGGUGGGGAAGACGGCGAUGACGCGCAAAAGAAGCGCGGCAGGCCACCCAAGGUCUUCACGCCCCUCGAAGCUCGUGUCCAGGCUAUCCUGAAGGGUCUACGCCGGUUCAAGAACGAAAGCGGCCAGCUGCGCAUCCUCCACUUUGAGAGACUCCCUGACAAGGCAGAGCUGCCAGACUACUACGACGCUAUCCGCAACCCGAUUGCGCUGGACGCCAUCAAGAAGAAGCACAAGCGCAAAAAGUACCAAUCCGUCGACCAAGCUCUUCGCGACCUCGAGCUCAUGUUUGAGAACGCCAUGCACUACAAUGAGGAGGGUAGCGAGGUCUAUCAAGAUGCUGUGGAGCUGGCCAACCAGGCUCGUUUGCUUGCCGAAGAGGAGAAGGCUAAACCUGACGAAGACUUCCGGGACGAGGACGGGAGGUUGCCCUUGGCCGGUAUUGAGCAUCGCGGAGAGAUCUGGAAAGUGGGGGAUUGGGUUCACAUUCGGAACCCUAACGACUUGUCAAAGCCCAUCGUCGCCCAAGUUUAUCGGACUUGGUCUGACGCGGCAGGCCAGAAAUGGGUGAAUGCGUGCUGGUACUACCGGCCCGAGCAGACAGUUCACCGUUUUGACAAGCACUUUUUCGAAAACGAAGUGGUCAAGACGGGUCAAUAUCGCGACCACCGCAUCGACGAUGUCGAGGACCGUUGCUUCGUCAUGUUCAUCACCCGCUACCCGAGAGGCCGGCCGCGCGGCCUGCCGCUGGAUAAGUCAGUAUAUGUGUGCAAGGCCCGGUACAAUGAGGAGAAGUUCAAGUUCAACGAGAUCAAGACGUGGACGAGUUGCUUGCCGGACGAGGUGCGCGACAAGGAUUACGAGAUGGACCUGUUCGAUGUGCCGCGGAAUCUGCGGAAGGUCCCGAGUCCAAUCAAGCAUCUGCUGCAGGCCGAUGCUAAGGAAACCGAUCCCCUUCCAAAGCCAACCUGGAGGAGCCCGAACGCACCGCCCUUGAUUGGAGCGGUGCAUCGUCGUCCUCGAGACCCGAAUGCAUCACCUCCCCCUGAACCCAAUCCACUGCCAGCGGCCGUCGCACCUGUGCCGCUCGCAAUUGCGCCCACCCAAGUCCCGAUGAAAGCCAACAUGGGCAUGGGAGGACCGACCUAUCACCACCCCGCCGCCGCGGCGCCUGCGCCUGCACCGUCACCAUCUCAUUUCCAGAUGCAGCACUUCCAGCCGCGACCGGUUCCACAACCUGCUCCCCACCAGACACCAAUCCAUCUCCAACCACAGCCACAGAUGGCUAUGCACGUGCCGCAACAUCCUGGCAUGGGACAAAUGCAGCCAAGCCCACACUUUCCACCACCCCAGGCGUACCCACCCCAGUAUGGUGGACAACCCCAAAUGGCUCCACAGCAGAUGCAAUACCAGACACCGGCCCACAUCGCGCCGGCUUUCGACCAGCACCACCGUCCGGUGCAUCCCGCACCUCAAGCCAUGACUCCAUCUCGCCAACCCAUGCCGCCAGCCCCCAACAUGGCACCCCUCCCACACGCCAACCCCGGCCACGUCUACAACGUCCCGCGCGCCCCCGAGGUGUACACCCUUGCUGAUCCCGUCGACGCGGCGAUCCCGGCCGACGUCCGCGAGCAGUUUGAGCGCGACGAGCAAGGGCGCAUUCUUUUCUUCACGGCGCCGCCGCUCGACCGCCCGACCCAUGGCGUCGCCGAGCAGCACGCCGGUCUCGGCCAUAGCGUUCGCCACCUGGCCUCCAUCAGCCAGCUGCGCGCCGAGCGUGCGCGCAAGCGGAAGGAGCGCGACGAAGCUCUCGCGCGGGAGCAGGAAGCCAAUAAGAAGCUCGCCGUGCUCCGCGCGCGGGAGGAGCAGCAGCGCGCCGAGGCCGAAGAGAAGAACCAGGCCGAAUUGCUCGGGAAGGUCCUGGCCGCCUGGGCGGCUGAGAUUGAUCGCGGCACGAAGGUCAUCGACGCGUCGCUCGGCGGGAUUGAGAACUGGGACCGCAUGAUGGUCGAGGGGAGAGAGGCGACUAAGAACCUGACCAAGGAGGAGCGGCGUGUCAAGAAUCUGGAGUGGUACCGCGACUGGUGCCGGGAGAGGGGCGCGAUGACCGAGGAGGAGGCCAGGAAGUUUGACGACUUAAUCCAGCGGAAGGGAUGGAAAGAGGAGUGGAAGCGAGAGGUGGAGAAGAGACGCGAGGCGUUGUAA